AUGGACCACUGCGGCAACCGUAAGAUCUCCUUCAACUUCAUUGCAAGCCAUAGUCCAUGGCAAGGAGGGAUUUACGAAUGGUAUGGAAAUGGUGGAAUCUUCAAGUCGGCAUACCGAAAUGCAAUUGGAGAAGAGACUCAUGAUAUUAAGACUCUUAAAACUCUGACAGCCGAAUGUACAGCCGUCUGCAACUCCCGUCCACUCAGUCACGUGACCGAAGAACAGUCAUGGUAUCCUCUCAGACCAACAGAUUUCUUACGAUCAACAGCAAUAAUUGCAGCUCCAAGAAUCAAGCCUUCCGAGCUACUCACAUCACGAACUGAUGUUCAAGAAAAUCUCAUAAAACUACGGGAAUAUACCAACGAGAUGUUAGAUUGUUUCUGGAAACGUUGGAACUCAGAGUAUUUGCUUACGCUCAGGGAACAAUACAAGCGAUCUAACAAACAUCCACGCCUCGAAGAAAAAGCCAAAACAGCCAAAACUCCACGAUUCAUUUUACACGAUGACACACUUAAACGUGGAAAGUGGGAACUCGGACAAGUUGCAGUAUCCACCGACGAUUUCAAACGAACAGUUCAAGUCCGCUCUGCCAACAGAGAAAUCAUCAAAAGGCCUAGCAACCGCGUUAGCCCAUUGGAAAUAUCACCAUCUGAUACUAAACAAUCCACCUCCACUGAAGCAGAAAAUCAAGGGGAAAAAGAAACAAGAAAAGCGUCUUCUUCUCACUCGAUGACAACAAGAUCAGUGGCGAAAAUGAUGAACAUCUUUACCUUAGUGACAAUCACAAUCCUCUUUACAUUCUUCUCUAGAUGUUACGCUAAAAACGAGGGAAUUAUCAAUAGCAAAUGUCUCAGCACAGUAACCAUCGCUAAAACGAUCAUCUACGCAGAUCAAUGCAUGAAAAAAGAGAUAGCAAUAACAUCCGUCAAGAAAAGUCAUGCAACACUGAACUCUUUUGCUGAUUCCCGAUCACCUGCCCAAAUGGACACAGCAACAUUCCAAGUCCCCUAA